AUGCCGGCACCACUGUGGGUGUCACUCAGCCGAACUCCUCGUAUUCGCUGUCUUGGGUGCACAAGCUCUAGGAAUUUUGGGAGCUAUUCUAGCCAGCCAUUUUGUCAUGUUCAAAAUCUUACUGCUCUGCAAUGCGGCGCCUUGAUCGGAUGCGGUCCGCUCAGAGACCCGCUGCGGCGGAUUAAAUGGACCACGCCAGGCCAGGGGCGCCGCUGUGGAGCUGCCUUUGCCACACUCGCAGCAACAGGGCUACAGCGGACUGAUUGGCUACAUCGGCAGGGCGACCAGCUCAAACUGCAGUUCGUUAGCUUAGUUGAUGGGUCAAGAAGGACCUUGGCCACUGGUGGUCGCUAUAUUGAUAAGUAA